AUGAGCGCGGGUUCCGGUUGUGGAGGCGUGGGGCAGGCGAUUGCAGAAUUGGAGAGUGAUGUUCAGUUGAAAAUGUCACUAACAAGUGACUCACCAAAUAAGGUUACGGAAGCGGUGGUCUCUCAUAAGAAAAAGCGAAAAAAUAAACCCAAAAAGAAUGGCAAAUUAACCACGGAACUCCACGAGGUAGUGAGCCCUGUAAAUGCGGACGAUGCUGCGGAUGAGGUUCACUUUGCGGAAAAAGUUGAAGUGCCUCAGUUGCAAAAUUCUUCCGCAAAAAGGCGAAAACCGAAGAAACAUAGUAGGCAUUAUGCGUAUCACAUAUUUUAUCUACCAGUUUUAAAGCAGACCGAUCCUCCUACGGUGCCAAUAUGUCAACUAUUCCCAAACAAGGAUUUCCCACUCGGUGAGAUAAUGGAGUAUACACCGCUGACAGAUGGUCGGACAGCUGUAAACCGAAUGACCUCCCAAGAGCUUCGCUUACAUGAUGAAGCACGUCUUGAGAUCUACCAAGAUCUUCGACAAGCUGCUGAAGUACACAGAACCGUGAGGCAAUACAUGCGACCUCUUCUGAAGCCCGGUGUCCGCCUUUUCGAUUUUUGCGAGCAACUAGAGGCUACUAGUCGACAAUUAAUCAACGAAAAUGGUCUUCAAGCUGGUCUGGCCUUUCCGACAGGCGUUUCUCUUAAUAACUGCGCUGCUCAUUACUCUCCGAAUGCUGGUGAUAACACAGUUCUCCAAUAUGAUGAUGUUUGUAAGGUAGACUUUGGAGUCCAUGUAAACGGCAACCUUGUAGACUGCGCCUUUACGGUUCACUUUAACCCACGGUAUGAUAGGCUUGUGGAGGCUGUCAGGGACGCUACAAACACGGGUAUUAAGUUUGUGGCAACCAUGGGAAUAGUAUUUGAAGACCUCUCCUUGUAUUUUGUGAGACCGUCUUGGUGUCCAGAGUCAUAUGAUUUUCAGGAGGCUGGUAUUGACGUCCGAUUGUGUGACGUGGGUGAGGCCAUUCAAGAAGUUAUGGAAUCUUAUGAAGUUGAACUGAAUGGUGAGACUUAUCAGGUAAAAUCCAUUCGGAAUCUCAAUGGUCACUCCGUCGGUCCGUAUCAAAUUCACGCUGGGAAGUCUGUGCCUAUUGUUCGAGGUGGUGAACAGACUCGAAUGGAGGAAAACGAAAUCUACGCAAUUGAAACAUUUGGCAGUACUGGCAAGGGUGUGGUACAUGAUGAUAUGGAAUGCUCACACUACAUGAAGGACUUUGAAGUUGGUCAUGUACCUCUCAGGCAACAACGGUUUUUACUGAAACCUAGCAGUAGCAAUUGUUGUUUUAGGCAAACUCGUGCAAAGCAGCUGUUGGCAACCAUAGAUAAGCACUUCGGAACGCUGGCAUUCUGUCGCCGAUGGUUGGAUCGUCUAGGAGAAACAAAGUACUUGAUGGGACUCAAAAAUCUGGUUAACAUGGGAGUCAUCAAGGCGUAUCCACCUCUUGUCGACUCAAGGAAUAGCUACACGGCUCAAUGGGAACACACAGUCAUUUUGCGACCUACAUGUAAAGAGGUUGUGACUCGUGGAGACGACUAUUAA